AUGUCGUUGUCUUCCCUAGCCUCUUCCUCCGCGGAGAAUGCGCAGAAGCUGAAGGAGGCGCAGCUGAAGAUCGGGAUGGCGCUGAAAAAUGCACAGUACGCCUUGACAACGCAUGCCCACCGCAGCCUCACCACUGCCCUUCAUGAGAACGUGAAUGCGUUGACGGCGCUUAGCACGUACCUCUCUCUCUCCGGCAGUCCGGUGAAGGCUGCUGCCAUUGCAGGACAAAUGGCUAAGAUUCUCAAGUCUGCCAGCACGUACGUCGCGGCAAAAGAGCGGGGCGGCGGUGGUUGGCAGCGCGGCGAAGGGUCGCACCACAGCAGCUCGCUCAACACGUCCCCAAGCAGCAGCGUUGUGCUCAACGAUCUGGGCUUCAUGCCAGACUCUCCACGCGAGUCUGCCGGACUCGUCGCGGAUCUGCAGCGAGCAGUGGAAGAGCUGAAACAGCAGCGAGACAUGAUGGCAGACGAGAAGCGUGCGCUUGAGGCAGCCUUGAAGGAGUCUCGCCAGCACCCGGUCGUCGUCACCACGCCAUGCGCAGUGGUAGAGGCGCACUCAUCGGAGGUAGCCGACAAAGACGCUGACGCGGCAAUUCGAGAGCUACGCGCGGAGGUAGACAGCUUGAAACACGAGGUGCGCAAGGGACACAUGCGGGCUGCCGCCCUGCAGGAUCAGCUGCACGAGGCGGAGGAGCAAGUCGAAGAUCAGCAAACUCAAGUGCAGGCACUCAGGCUGCAGCUGAGGCAGUCACAGGAGGAGAAACUCUCGCAAGAUGCUGCUUUUUCGAAGAAGGAAGAGGAGAUCAAGGCGCUUCAAGCAGCCUUGCUGCAGAAUUCGCACAACACAAGCUCCCCGUCACCCGCGGUGGCAGCCUCCAACGAUGCAUCCGGGGCUGCCCAGCCCCUUCGCGGUUAUGUGGAUAAGGAUGACUUUGACGCCUUAAAGCUGCAGAACCAGCUCCUUCAGCAAGCGCUGCGCGAGCAGGAGAUACAGCUUCGACCUACCGACUCUCAUGCUGUACUGACCCAACAGACGCUAGAGGAGAUUGAAGCUGAUCAUCAACAGCAGCUGCAGGCGAUGAAGCUCACGAUUCAAAACCAAUACAACCGCGAAACGGAACUCCUCGGCCAACAACGCACUAUGGAAGACAGCAUCGACGAACUGAAGCGACAGCUUCAGCUCAGCAGCAACCGGCAGUGGGUCCAGCAGGAGCGCGAGAAGCAUCUCAACGAGAUGGAUGCAGCCAAGAAGCACAUCGAGCAGCUGCAACACACCAUACAGAAACAAGAGCACAAAAUCGAAGAGCAGAGAACACAGCUCGAAAACAACGCCGAAAACGAGCGUAAACACACCGACACUAUCGUGCAGCUCGAACUUCACCACGAGGAGCAGGUUGCCGAGCUUACCAAGCAACUCCGCGACCUGCAUGACGAACUAAACGCAACUCAUCUUCGACUGCAAGACCUCGGCACCGAACUAGAAGCGCAACAUACACGAACAGCUGCCACCAUCGCCGCUGCCCAACAACAGUGCAGCCAUCAACAGCAGGAAAUCAGCAACCUCACACUGACCAUGACAGCGGAGCGCGAGCAGCACGAGAGCCGUGUGGCGGAGCUGCAGCAGCAGCUGGAGAUGGAGCGCGACCGCGCGGCUGCCAGCCAGUCCACUGUAGAGGAGCGCGAGUCCGCGAUGCAGCAGCGCCUCGCCGAGCUGCGCACCAGCAUGACAGCGGAGCGCGAGCAGCACGAGAGCCGUGUGGCGGAGCUGCAGCAGCAGCUGGAGAUGGAGCGCGACCGCGCGGCUGCCAGCCAGUCCACUGUGGAGGAGCGCGAGUCCGCGAUGCAGCAGCGCCUCGCCGAGCUGCGCACGAGCAUGACAGCGGAGCGCGAGCAGCACGAGAGCCGUGUGGCGGAGCUGCAGCAGCAGCUGGAGAUGGAGCGCGACCGCGCGGCUGCCAGCCAGUCCACUGUGGAGGAGCGCGAGUCCGCGAUGCAGCAGCGCCUCGCCGAGCUGCGCACCAGCAUGGCAGCGGAGCGCGAGCAGCACGAGAGCCGUGUGGCGGAGCUGCAGCAGCAGCUGGAGAUGGAGCGCGACCGCGCGGCUGCCAGCCAGUCCACUGUGGAGGAGCGCGAGUCCGCGAUGCAGCAGCGCCUCGCCGAGCUGCGCACCAGCAUGACAGCGGAGCGCGAGCAGCACGAGAGCCGUGUGGCGGAGCUGCAGCAGCAGCUGGAGAUGGAGCGCGACCGCGCGGCUGCCAGCCAGUCCACUGUAGAGGAGCGCGAGUCCGCGAUGCAGCAGCGCCUCGCCGAGCUGCGCACCAGCAUGACAGCGGAGCGCGAGCAGCACGAGAGCCGUGUGGCGGAGCUGCAGCAGCAGCUGGAGAUGGAGCGCGACCGCGCGGCUGCCAGCCAGUCCACUGUGGAGGAGCGCGAGUCCGCGAUGCAGCAGCGCCUCGCCGAGCUGCGCACCAGCAUGACAGCGGAGCGCGAGCAGCACGAGAGCCGUGUGGCGGAGCUGCAGCAGCAGCUGGAGAUGGAGCGCGACCGCGCGGCUGCCAGCCAGUCCACUGUGGAGGAGCACGAGUCCGCGAUGCAGCAGCGCCUCGCCGAGCUGCGCACCAGCAUGACAGCGGAGCGCGAGCAGCACCAGAGCCGUGUGGCGGAGCUGCAGCGGCGCGUAAGCGAGCUUGAGGCUACUUUAAAGGCUGAGAAUGACGCUCAUGUCGUAGCUGUGGGGGAUUUGAGGGCGCUACUGGACGCUGAGCACAAGCGAGCUGACAUGGCGCAAGUGGAUGCCGGGAAAAAUAUGAAGAAAGCUGUGCAGGAUUCCAAGGUCUUCGCGGAAGCGCAUGCAGCGGAGGUUCGAAAGCUGAACGAUGAGCAUACUGCAGAACUGGAGCGAGUGCAGAAGGGCCACGCGCUAGACUUGGAUCGUGUGUGCUGCGAGGCAGCCACAAAGUGUGCUGUGGCGUCGCAGCCUGUGGACUGGUUGAAGGAGGAGAACGAGGUUCUUAAGGUGCAGGUGAAGGAGUGGGAGGAAAGGCACAAGGAGGAGGCGAAGGAGAAGAUGGCGGCACUGGCCAAGGUGCGGCAGACCGAGCAGAUUUUGUCCUCCUGCAAGGGCGAGCUCCAGCGUCUCAAGGACGAAUGCGCGUCCAUGCAGAAGUCGAUGGGGAAAUCUCUGGAGGAACGCGAUGCCGCUUUGAAGAGGCUGAAGGACGGCUCUCAGCUGGCAGAAGAAGCUCAGGCAAACCUAGUGCGUCUUGAGGCACUGCGCAAGGAGCUGGAUGAGGUGCAGAAGCGGCUCGACACAGCUGACAAGGAUAAGGCCCUCCUGGCGUCCCGCUACAAGCGCGCGAGCACCGAAAAGGACGAGUGUGCCGACGCUGCCAGAAAGCUGCUGACUCAGUAUAAGGAGAUAGCGGCGACACAUGAGAAGCUGGUGGCUCAACUAGCUGCAGCCGAGGCAUUGGCAGCGGCGAAGAGCAGGGAGGUCGAGGAGCUCACACGGGCAGCUGCCAUCGAUGCAGACCUCACAAGCACUGGACUGCAGGAUGAUGCAGUGAGGGCAGGGGCACACAAGGUCUUGACGAAUACGGUGAGAGAAAAGCAGGAGCGAAUCGAGGAGCUGGUGGCCGAGGUCGACGGGAUGGCAAGUGAAAAUCGAAGACUGAAGUCGGAGCUGGACAAGGCACAAUUUCGCCAGGUGGCGACCUAUCGGCUGCCGCUGGCUGCUGAGCCAACCUCGAUGCAAUCAGUCUUUGCGCGGGACAUGCUGAGCUCACUGGCGGAGAUGCGUGUCAUUCUGAGCGCGAUGCACGCGCAACUACUUCCUAUUCUGGAGCAGCGCCGUGCGCAAGAGCGUUCCCGUGCUGCCGCAGCAGCGAGCCCCUCCGCCUCCACAAGCGCAGCGGAGGCUCUAGAAGAGCUGCACACGGCAAUGGAGUCAGCCCACGCGGUGGCGCAAGCUACCCUGGAGCACUUUGAUGCUAAGGCACGCCAGCUCUUUGUGUCUGCCGAUCUGCAAAGUGUUGUUUAUGGCAAGCUACUUGCCACUCUGCAACAGCCGCAAGGCAAGCAUGCCACAUCUGCGCUCACGCCCGCCUUGGUGGAUGUUUCACUCGUACGUGUCUGUGCUGCCCUUUUCGGAGAGACAUGCUCUGGCCCAGUGCCAGGAUGGGAGGAGAACGAGCGCCAUGGUGGAGCGAGGAAAAUGCCCAGUCAUGCUAACCAACGCUACCGCUCAGACAACGCCUGCAGUGCAGCUCGAGGCUGCGCCGUUGCCGCUGAAAAUGAUGGGCGAGUUACUGCCUCCACUGCUGCAGAUCGCAAGUCCCUGUCGAUGUGGUCGCAUUGUCGCGCCUUUUCGAGCGCACCGACUGCGUUCACUUCCCCUGCAGGCGCAGGCAAUCGAGACACUUCUGCCCACACCCUGAGCCCCGCCCGUCGGCGCACAGACGACUGCGAGUUUGGCAUGCUGAGCGAUGCCAGGUACAGGCGGCAACCUCCCCGAGCUGGACCUCACCGUCGGUCCUCCUUUGGGAAUUUUGCGGUGGCCCAAGCGAGUAUCUCGCUCGCGGAGGAACGUGCUGGGCUGCGCACUGCCCCUACACCGCCAUGGAAAUAG